GAAGGGGAGAGAGGGAAGAGAUGGUCGACUGACGUCGAACGAAAUCGAAGUCGGAUGAGAUAAGCAGCAAGCACACGAAGGGCCGACGAGUGACAGAGGAGUGACAGAGGAGAGUCCAUCCCUUGGGGGUUUUGGUGUGGAGGCAGAGGCGACGCCAGCCCCCUCGGGGUUUUGGCAGGUUCUCGAGUCAUGGCUUGCUCGCAGCGUGUUCUGUGCGCUGUGCCAGGAUUGAGUUCUCCAGCCAGGGGAAUGGCUAUGGCGCUUUCGUCUUCAUGUGGGUUUAGUUUGUACGGCGGAACUCGCCACCUUCCGUCUUGCAGUCGAGGCACGAGGUUUAGUGCAAGAAGAUGCGGUUCUCGUGUUCAGACUCUCGCUACACUGACGCAGGAAAGUGAGAAGAAGGUUGCAGGAGGUGGUGGCAAGUCUCAGGGUCAGCAGCAAGGUCAAAAUCAAAAGCGGAUUGGAGAAGCUGUCACCCCGAGGAGUCAAGAUUUUAGUAAAUGGUACUUGGAUGUAAUUGCUCACGCAGAACUUGCCGACUAUGGCCCUGUCCGCGGGACUAUGGUUAUUCGCCCAUAUGGCUACGCUAUAUGGGAAGCAAUUCAGAGGUGGUUAGAUGCUCGAUUCAAGGAGACUGGUCAUUCCAACAUGUACUUUCCUCAGCUCAUUCCAUACUCUUUCAUCGAGAAAGAAGCGAGUCAUGUAGAAGGGUUCAGCCCAGAACUUGCGCUUGUGACUAUUGGUGGAGGCAAAGAGCUGGAGGAAAGGCUGGUGGUGCGGCCAACUAGUGAAACGAUUGUCAACCAUAUGUUCGCUCAGUGGGUGCAUAGUCAUCGAGAUCUUCCGAUCCUAAUCAAUCAGUGGGCUAAUGUACACCGCUGGGAGAUGCGAACGAGACCGUUUGUUAGGACCCUGGAGUUUCUAUGGCAGGAGGGUCACACUGCCCAUACAACUCCGGAAGAAGCGGAGGCUGAGGCUCUACAAAUGAUCAAGGUCUACGAGACAUUUGCCAUUGAAGAAGCAGCUAUCCCUGUUGUGACGGGUCGUAAAUCGAAGCUAGAAACUUUUGCUGGAGCAGUGCAUACAUAUACAAUAGAAGCCAUGAUGGGUGACAAGCGAGCACUACAAGCUGGAACUAGUCACAACCUUGGCCAGAACUUUGCCCGUGCCUUUGGUACCCAGUUUACCGAUGAGAAGGGAGAUAUGGAGUAUGUAUGGCAAACAUCAUGGGGUAUGAGCACAAGGAUGGUAGGGGGGAUUAUCAUGACCCACGGGGACGACACGGGACUUAUGUUUCCUCCCCGAGUUGCCCCAAUUCAGGUUGUGAUUGUCCCAAUUUGGAAGUCUGCACCAGAGAAGGAGAUGGUUCUUGACAUUGCGGGUCAGGUCCAUGACUCACUAAAAGCUGCCUCCGUUCGAGUGAAGUUGGAUGCUUCAGACCAAAAGACGCCUGGAUGGAAGUACAAUCAUUGGGAGAUGAAGGGAGUACCCAUAAGGAUUGAAAUCGGCCCGAGAGACGUACAGAAAAAAGCUGUUGUCGUUGCCAGACGAGAUGUUCCUGGCAAGGAGGGCAAAACGUUUGGAGUAUCCAUUGAAGGAUUAGAUGAGUAUGUUAAGGACCUAUUGCAGCAAAUUCAAGAUAGCCUUCUGGCCAAAGCGACCGCGUUUCGAGACAGUAAUAUCGUUGAUGUCACCUCAUACGAAGAGCUGAAGGCAGCCAUUUCAGAGGGCAAGUGGGCUCGAGGUUACUGGUCUGGGAGCGAUCAAGAUGAAGCGUUGGUGAAAGAGCAGACUGGAGCAACAAUUCGUUGUUUCCCCUUUGAUCAACCAACGGCCGCGGGUAACUGUUUGAUGACUGGAAACUCUGCUAAUGAGAUUACCAUCUUUGCUAAAUCUUACUGAAGGGGUAGCUCUCGAAUUUGUUCUCUCUCCUGCGACAAAGUUUUAGAUAGAAAUUACACUCCGGGAGAAAGUUUAUAUAGUCAUUCUUUCGUUAGAUCGUCAUCGAUAAAAUGAAUUCACUUUGUGAACCUGCGUCGUUUAUUCAUGUACAUGAAAUGCUUUUGAAAAUGAAGUGGAGAAUCACAUAUGCCGA